UUUAGGUUUUUAUAACGUUACGCACUCAUCACUCCCUACUUGCUUUCAUCGGCCGCUACCGCCACCACCACCUUCUCUUCUCCUCAGCUCCUCACUCACUCCCACUCUCACUCACACUCUCUGGCACCUCUCUCUCUCUCUCUCUCUCUAUAUAUAUAUAUAUAUGUGCCAAUUAUGCAUGUAUGUCAUGCUAAUGAUCGAUACUCGUGAUAUUCCAACAUCAAUUCCUCCUUGAUAUUAUAAGUAAGCAUUCGUAAAUUGAUGUUAUAAGAACAUAGCUCAGCUCAGCUGGUGGCUAUGGCUCCUGCCCAACCAUUCAUGGAGGCUGACCAAGACUGUAAACCAUUUGUCAACCCAAAAGUUGAACUUCUUGAUGAUGAUACAGAAAUCAGGAGGGCUUCCUUGCCAAACUCUGCUUCUGCUUCGGCAUCGGAGGGAAAACACAUGGCUUCAAUCUUCGACAUUGAUAUAAUUCAGUGCACAAGUAAUCAGGAGCAGCCUGAAACUGACCAUCCUGAUGCUGAUGCAACUGAUGAAUAUUCAACCUCAUUUGCCGACACUACGUCUGACACUGGUAGUUUUUCUGGAUUUUGUGAAGAAGGUGAAGUGCAGUCCCAUUCGUUUGAGGACAGUACUUUGACAUCUGCUUUUGAUGCAUUUGCGAGGGCAUUUCAAAGCAGGAAGAAGAAGUUGACAAAUCACUGGAGAAACUUUAUACGUCCAGUAAUGUGGCGCUGCAAUUGGAUGGAAUUGAGAAUUAAGGAAAUUGAAGAACAAGCACUAAAGUAUUCCAGAGACCUAGGAGUAGCAUAUGGUAAAAAAAGACAUACAGGACUCGACCAAUUUCCUUUGGAAGAAUUUGGUUCAAAGUCAUUGCCAUUUUGUAGUCAAUUCUGCAGAAAGAAAGCUAUGAAGAGGAGGAAACGCAAAAGAGUUGAAGACACAACUGAUAUAGCAUCAUAUAUCUCAAAUCAUAAUGUCUUUUCCUAUCUUGAAAAUAAAAGAUCCGAUCAUGAUGGCACUUCCUUUGCUGAUGACUUUAGUAAUGCCGUAAUCGCAGAGCAGAGUGCGGAUUACAACGAUAAACUCAGCAGUGGUGAUAACUGGGCAUUCUUUGAGUACCGAGAUGGUGACAAGCCUUUGGAGCAUGUCCUUUGGAAAAUUGAGACAGUGCACUCUCGGGUUCACAAGUUAAAGUAUCAAAUGGAUGUGGUGAUGUCCAAAAAUGCUGCUAGGUUUUCUUCCAGCGAAAAUUUGAGUGUUCUUGUACCCUGUGAUGCACAGACCAGCUCUGCACAUAGUCCAGCAUUGUCUCCUGGCACUGGAGACACAAUCUCUGCGGGAGCUAUAUAUACUCCAGCUCAACAUGUCUCAAGUUUUGUGGAGGGAAUCACUGUUCCUGAUAUAAUUGAAAGCACUGUGGGACUACCAUCUGCUGUUGACGUUACCUUCCAUCAGCCGCAGUUUGGAGACUCAAGCGAAGAUAUUGUGGAUAAUGUCCCGAUACAUAGCGAGGUGGCUGAAGCAGAGAAGCACACUUUCCAAAUGAUCAACGACCAACCUAAAGAGGAACAUGAGCAACCAGAGAAAGACAUACAAGAAGCCGUUUUUCCAACUCCACAAUCAGACCCUGCUCCCUCGGCAGAAGCUGCUCUUCCUCAGGAGCAAUCGACUCUAGAGUCAUGCUUGGCUUCAGAUGUAAGUUUUCAUAGAAACAAGAGAAAGCGAGGGGAGCGAAAAGCAGGUUCGGUUGUUUGGAGCAAGAAAUGCUCGGGCAAGCCUGAUAGCCAGUGAGUUUCAUUUCAUUAAGUUAUGCUGGUUCAUGGAACUACAUAGACAUUUCCUAUUAUUUUUCACGAGUGGAUACACGAGCUAGAUUACAGUUACUGUGAACUAGCAUUUGCUGUAUAUAGGGAAGUGGUUUCAGUUCCCGAGUUAUGUCGCGGUUUGCAGCAUUACCGCAUACACACUGUGACAAGCCAGUUUAGUGUAGUUUGACAAGUGAUAUGUGGAAUAGUUGGUAUAAUUUCGUGUUCCAUCAAACAAAAAAGCGUCUGAAAUCUUUAGGACCCGUUUGAUAACUAUUAUGCCAAUGCCUUCUCUUGCAUCACCGGGCAUGAGCUGUUUUGUUGAUGAAUUGUUAGUGUUUUAUUUUUGGAAUACAUGCUAGUAAAAAAUAUCUUAUAGUGACAAAUAUUUUACUUUUGUAAUGGCUAUUGGAAUGAUUAUAA